CGCGCGCCUCUAAAAAAAAUAAUAUCUUUCCUCCCGCUCUUCCCCGCUUCCCCCGCAAACUUCCUCUACGCCGCAUCGCAUCGCACGGCCGCCAUGGCCACCUCGCUGCUCCUGGAGGCCGCCCCGCGGUUCCUCUCGCCGCCGCGGCGGCCUGUCCCAGCUCGCGGUGGGCUCCUCCUCCUCAAGCCCACGCUUUUCCCCGCCCGCCUCCGCGCGCACCCAGCGCGUGGGGUGUCUCCCGCCGCCGCGCCGGAGCCGCCGCCGAGGCCGCGCGCGCUGCUCGACGCGGUCAAGAGGUCCCUCCUCGACUCGCUUGCCGCGCUCAAGAAGCCCGCACUGGCGCUGCUCCUCGCUGGGGCUCUGCUCGCCGCGGGGAGUCCCCACGGCGCGGCGCUGGCGGCCUCGGGCGGCCGCGUCGGCGGGUCCGCAUUCUCGUCGCGGUCGUCGCCGCCGUCGUACGGGUACACUGCGCCGGCUCCGAGGGGCGGGUACUCGGCCGCGCCCUUCUACUCGCCCUCGCCGUUCGUGUCCGUCGGCCCGGCGGUCGGCAUCGGGUUCGGGGGAUCCAGCUUCUUUUUCGUGCUUAUGGGGUUCGCUGCAUUCCUUUACCUCGCCGGUUUCCUCUCCGAUUCUUCCGGCGGCAGCGUGCUCACCGAGACGGAGAAGACCACCGUUCUGAAGCUGCAGGUUGGCUUGCUAGGCAUGGCCCGAUCAUUCCAGAAAGAGCUUGAUCAGAUAGCUGAGAAGGCAGAUACAUCUACCCCAGCAGGGCUGAGCUAUGUGCUAACUGAGACAACAUUGGCAUUACUUAGGCAUCCAGAUUGCUGCAUCUCAGCUUAUUCAUCAGUUGAUGUGAAACGAAGCAUAGAUGAUGGAGAGAAGCGUUUUAAUCAACUAUCAAUUGAGGAACGAGGCAAAUUUGAUGAAGAGACACUUGUUAAUGUGAACAGCAUCAAGAGGCAAAAAGCAGGAAGCCAAAGAUCGGACGGUUUUAGCAACGAGUACAUUGUGAUAACCGUAUUGGUUGCUGCUGAGGGUGUACAUAAGCUACCUGGUAUAAAUAGCAGCGGUGACUUGAAGACAGCUCUACAGAAGCUUGGUGCCAUACCAUCAAGCAAAAUACUGGCAGUUGAGGUCCUAUGGACUCCACAAAACGAGAACGACACACUGUCAGAGCGAGAGCUGCUGGAAGAUUACCCGCUUUUGAGACCCCUAUGAAGAAUGCAUUGUAGAUCCAUUUUUGCCGUAUUUCAGCUUGUUAACUAUAGCCCAGGUUGUCUGUAAAAAUAGGCAGCUAAAAAAUCUGCCUGCCCGUUCCAGAAUUUGCAGUACAAUUGUAUGGUAGUCCUUCCUGACACAAUUCAAGUUUGUAAAUAGAUUGCCUAUUGCCGGCAUAGUUGUAUACCCAUAGGUGCAUCCGCCUUCAUGGACGAACCUGGGAUGAAAGCGGAACAUACCAGGCGUUGUGCGUAAUUACUGGCUUCGUGUUCUUUUGUUUCGAAUAGAUCAUUCAGGCACAUAGGUUGCUUGAUUAAUG